UGAAUUGAAUUGGAUCGAAUCAAUUUGCCAAAAACAAUAUCUUCCCUUUUAAAUUCACAUGGGUGAGUUUUAAAAACGGCGUCCAUGCCUUUAAUUUCCUAACCGCGACUCAACCGGAAACAGUACUGUUAUUGCAGGUAACCAGGAUUUGUCCAGCCCACACAGAGUCGGAUGAGGAAGUAGCCGCUGGGUUGCUACAUGCACACCGCGGGGCAACGUUAAAGCAAAGAAAAAAGGAAACUUGGUUUGGAUUAGUUUCCAGAGGCAGUGGGGAUCCAUUGAGCGGGAGCAACAGCAGAAAUGAAGCUUCGCCUUCACUUCGUAGUGGAUCCGAUGGGCUGGCUCUGCAUCAGCGUGGUGUUUGGGAUCUGGCUCUACAACACUUUCUUCGUUCCCAAACUGGUGCUGCACCCACACUAUGACGAAGGGCACAUCCCCUGGGCCUUAGUUGUUUGUUAUUACCUAGCAUCGGCUCUAUGUGUGAUGGCCCUGCUCAGAGCUUCCACCGCAGAUCCCGGACGUCUUCCUGUGGAUCCACAUAUACCUCACUCUGAAAGAGAACAGUGGGAGUUGUGCAAUAAGUGCAACUUGAUGAGACCGAAAAGGUCGCACCACUGCAGCCGCUGUGGCCACUGUGUGCGCAGGAUGGACCACCACUGCCCCUGGAUCAAUAACUGCGUGGGAGAAGACAACCACUGGCUCUUCCUGCAGCUGUGUUUUUACACUCAGGUCCUCAGCUUAUUCACACUGGUGCUGGACUUUUGCCAGUACUAUUAUUUCCAGCCCCUGACAAGACUAGACCAGGAAAAGUUUACGACACGUCAUGAACUGGCUCUGCUGCGAGUUUCAGCGCUCAUGGGCGUUGUCAUGUUCGGUGGCAUGUCGAGCUUGUUUUACUCGCAGAUGGCUGGCGUCCUCUCAGAUAUGACCACUAUUGAGAAAAUGUCUGAGUUCUCCAGUGAAACAUAUGGUACAAAAAGAACGUGGCAGUGGGCGCUCGCUGAGGUUUGUGGCACUCGCUGGAAACUUCUGUGGCUCCUCCCGCUGCGCAGCAGACAGCCUCUCCACGCCGGCCACCACUACCGCAGCCACGUGUAGCUCUGUGGCUCUACAUUCCCCUUCCUGCCUGCACUUUCGGUAGACGUUGCUACAGUUAAACACUCCACAUACUCCUAAAACAAAUCUGUCUGCACACCUUCACUGCCCUCUUGCUGGGCAGCAGAUACUUAUGUUUUGUUUUGGUUUUUGCUUGGUUUUAUUCAGUUUCUCUCCAGGAACAGGGUCACAAACACUAUUUUGGAAUCGUGUUAAAAAGUUUUGAUCACUGUGACUGCUAUUUUUAGCAUCUGGAAACCACCUUUAAUAGUUAUUUACAUGAUUGGGAUGGAAGCAGUGGGACAUCUCUCAGGUUAUGUCAUAAAGAGCCUUCACUAGUAAUUAGCUACAGACAGAAUAACUACAAAUCUGUUAGAAGUGUUUGAUUUUUGUAUAAAGUUUGUGCCUUGUUUUUGUUUUUGGUAUUUACCAAAUUUUAGAAAAGGGUCUGAAGUAUGACUAUCUUCUAAUGAUUCAUGAAUGUUUUCUUUGAUUGUUUUACUAUGGUUUUAACUACAAUGUGUGUAUUUUUAGGAGCAUAAUACCACUGAACAAAGUUGAUACCUUUCAAUCUAGAGAUGUCAUAUGACUGCUGAGAGCACUAACGCAAAAUCAAGCUAAUAUUAUCACUCCUCGAUAGUGACUUUUGUAGUUAAUCCUGUUGUUAAAUAUGAGUUUAAUAUUCACUGAUCAGUAGUUGAUGUUUGCUGUAUAUUAUUUGUCAAAUGAUACUGCUAGAGAUACCUUGAGUCAUGAAGAGUUCAAGGUACAGUCAUAAGAUUAAAAAAAUCUUAUCUCGUAUACAGUCAUGGGAAAAACUAAGUACACUCGGUGCAUAAUUUAUUAGCUUGUAGAACCACCAUUAGCAGCAAUAAUGAUCACUCAGCAUCAGUCCAGUGAGGAUUAUAGCUCUUAUUUAUGGCUCAUCCACUACACCAUAUCAAUUAGAUUGAGGUCAAUAACCAUAGCAACACAUUGAUUCUAGUUACCUAAUUAACUAAUUUUUCUAUCUGUCCGACCUUUACUGUUGGAUAUAUUAAACUUUGACAUACAGAGGAGUUCAGGGUUCUGUGGCUACCAAACAAGCCCAAAUCAUUGCUCUGAUUGUCAUAUGGUAUUGGAGUAUUUGUCCACACAGCACCGUAUUUAUCAAUACGGCGCUGUGUGUUAUGGUCAAAUAUCUCUGCUUUAAUCUCAGUUAUGUCUUGGUGGUUUGUACCAUUUUUACCAUUCCGGGAAUGAACUUUAACAUUUCACAUACAAACUGAUGGUUGGAGAACCUGCAAUUGAGCUCUUGUUUUGUUUUUGUCAAUUUCUUUGAGAGUGGACAGUCUGAAAUUGAAAGUUUUCUGGGAUGUCCACUCAGGAGAAUUGUCAACUGACUUAAAAGAUUUCCACUCUGAACAAUCUUUAUCUCUGUAGAGUGAGGAGCUUUAAAUUAUCUGCAAGUGUCUCUAUAAUUCUUCUGAGGUUGACUGAUUGAAACAGGUGCUUCUUUCUUCAUUAUUGCUGAUGAUUUUGGUCCUUGUCAUUGUGUUAAAGGGGCAGUAUUAUGUAUUUUUUUAGCUUUACUUCAUGUGAUAAUCAUAUUGCCCAAUCAAAAACAUACCUGGAGGGUUACUUUGAUUCUUUCAUGCAUGUUUGAGAAAUCCUUGUAUCUCCCAUGGCAACCAUUCAGCUAUGUAAGACGUGUAGUCUCACUGAGUGACGUCUUUUCCGCGCAAUUUCCCUAUUCAGCUCCUCCGGACUAGCGGCAGCAGCAAUUAGCAAACAGCUAGUGGAAGUAUGAGUCUGCUGAACUCAUCAUAUGAACUACUUAGCAGUACAGUGCUGCUUAAAACAUUGUAAUGAGUGUCAGAAAGAGCAGGAACUUCUUAAAGAGACAUGGGCCCAAUUUCAAGGUGUACAAUUGCAAAGUCAAAUUUAUUUUAAGUAAUUUUUGAUGUAUAUAGCAUUUUUCAUAACAACAAAAGUUGACAUUUACUUUAUUGUGCUAUAAAAUGGCACUAUGUACCUGAAAAAUACAUAAUACUGCCACUUUAACAUAAACCUGUAAGCUUUUAUAGAGGUGGUCAGACUUGCUGAUGAUCAGUUGCAAUUACAAAACAGCACCUGACUGCUGCUUUUUCUCUAAAAUCUAAAACAAGCAUCACACUAAUACUUAGAUUUUUCCCUUGACUGUGCUGACAGUUAUGGAAACUUGAUUUCUUCCACCUGUGUAAGUAAAAUCAGUGUAAACUGUCAGUUUGCUGCUGAAUAGAUAGAAGAAAUAUAGUCAUUUUCACAUUCAAAGAAUAAAUAUACUGACCACAUUGGUAAUCCGUUAUUUUAAAUCAACUUGCUGUAUUGACCAUAGCACUUGCAAUACAGAGGAUUGGUACAAAUAGUUUUCCUGUGGAUUUUGAGACAUGACAUUUGAGUCCUGUAGCUUAGGUCUAUUUUUUAUGAAUGUUUUUAAUUUAUAAGUGCAUAUUUAUAUUUCUGAUAGGGAAGCUCACAGAUUAGGAUUGUUGUGGAAACGUACAUAGACAAAGCAGGAACUAUACAUUUAUUUCUAGAAACAGGCAUAUAAAGGAAAAAAUCAAAUUAGCAGAGCAAACCAUAACAUGCUGUCUAAAAUACAAAUAAUAUCAAUUUCCAACACUUUGUUACUAGACAUUCACAAAAUGGCUAUUUCUAGCAAAAGUGAAGGACUGCCAGUUCAGUUCCAAUUUACAACAAAAGUCAUUUCAGUUCAAUAUGAUUAAAUUUUAUAGAAUACAAACCCACUCCACUCAAUCUAAAUUAUUAGAUUGUUGUUAUUGACAAUAACAACAAUAAUUUGUUGUUGAAUUAUUGUUGUUAUGCUAUGCUUUUUAAAAAAAAUUGUUUUAGGUGCUAUGUAGCUUGAUAAUCAACAAUCCUAUCCCUAUUAAGAACUGUUUUCUACAACAAGAAGUUAUGUGCUAAGAUUUCUGUUCAGUCUUAAUGCUUACCUAACUAUUCUGUGCUAACAGUUUGCUAACUGUGCCGUGCUUACAGCUUGCUGUUCUAUUCUCACACUAAGCUGACUGUUCUUCUUGCUAACUCUUAGCUAACCGUUCUAUGCUAACAUUUGGCUAACAUUUGCGUUGUAUGAGAUCCUUCUGAAUAUUUAGCUUACUGUUGAGGCCUGACAGUUUAUAAAUUGUUCUGUGCUAAACUUAGCUAACUAUUUUGUGCUGACACUUGGCCAUCUGUUUAAAAACAGGAACAGUAUCUUAUUGUAAUGAGAAACUUUCUUGUUUUAGCUUGUUAAAAUGUGUUUUAUGUUUUAACAAGAUUUUUGAUCUCAAUAAAACCAAAAUAUGUUCUAGUCAUAACAAUACAUUUCCAACAACGUGGGGUGUUUGCGUUUCAUUUAGAGAAAAUAUUGAAAAGAUGGAGAGUGAGAGGAAAACCUUUAUGCCUUUUUAAGAAGUGACCUGUCAGCUAUGUAUUUUUGUAAGUUGAUGAAAUGAGAAAGUUUAUCCAUUAUAAUGAGAUAUGAAAACGAGUUUUGUAUCUCAUUUUGACAGUAAAUUUUUUUUGCUUUAACAAGACACUGCUCUUGAAUUUAUAUCCUAGCCCUGGCAGUUAAAUGCUCCUGUAUUUUCGUGCUAACAGCUAGCAUCAAAAUGUUGCAAAUGCAUGUUUUUUGCAGUUUAGGCAGUGGUGUUUGCUCUGGUAACACUGUAUAAUUUAUUUAUGAUUGUUUAGUUAUAUCUGUUUGAAACUGCUGGAGACUUUACUGAUUUAAUUAGAGAAAUAGGUCAUGCCAUAGUUAUACUAGCUUUGUGUGAGCAAGUUUCUUUGAAAAAUCUGUAUGUAAACAAAGCCUAUCGUGUGUGGAGAGAAUACUAUAUUAUCCAAGUAAUUUUGAGUGCCUGUCCAGGCCACUUUUUUUUUUUUUUUUUUAUGUUUUUUUGCCAUCACUGUACACUCCACACCGACCAAAGAUCUGGGAAAAUGUUGCAAUAGUCAGCAAGCAUUUAUUAAAUGCAUGUUUCACCAAGUUUUUGAUGGUAGCGGUUCAAUAAUAUGCACUGAAUUUUAUGCUAGCACACAGUCUGUUUUAAUGUGAAGACUUAAUUUUAAAAGGAAGAUAAUUUAAAAAAAAAAGUCCUCACUAUGGGUAUGUGUUGAAUUUUUUCCAGUUUGAAUUUGCAUGAGCGUGGUUUCAUAUGUUUGCUCAUCGGUUUUUAUAGCUCAUGCUCUUGGAUGUUUGAAAACUUUUUAUCAUGAUUUUUAGGUGUUUGUGGAGGCAAUGCAAGGGAAAAUGUAUGUUUGAUUUUUUUUGAUAAGUUGUUUUAUUUUUCUUAUUUGGUUUCAGAUUUUUGAAGCAAUAAACAUUGUUCAUAAUUUUUCUUUGACUGCUUUUUUUUAAAUGUAUUAUUACGUUUACAUUCUGGCUGAUGAAUUUGGACCUAUGUCUGAACUUUAAUGAUGGCUGCCAAGCUUAACAUUACAAGUCACCGCCUUGCACUACAUCACUCUCAGUUGUAGACGUGAAUAUUUCCAUCAGGCAGCUGUUACUUGGCAUCUCACAGGAGAUUGGAGUUUGGACCUUUGUAAUUUUUUUUAACUUUGUUCUUUUUAGGUUUCUUAAUAUUUUGUGUUCAAACCUUGUUUUGUUUUAAGUCAGACCUCAACACUGGAACAUUUGUUUUGUGAACGUGUUACCAGUUACUUCUCUGUUUAUAAGUCUUAUAUAAAGUUGCCAAUUUAUUGCGCUGCAAAUUGUGAUUGUAGCAAACAUAUAGGUAUUCAUAUUUGAAUAAAUUACAUUCUGAAUAUG